AUGGCCGACGACACUCAGAGCGGGAGCCCGAAGUCGGAUCCUGUCGACGCCAAAGAAGACGCCGAGACUGCUGCCGCCCGGAAGGAACUGAAGCACACGGCAAUCUCAGAGAAGUCUGGUGGAGCCGCCGGCGCGACGACACCGAAACUCUCCGCCACCGACGAGCACAAGGAGCAGGUCUCGUCGCCAAAGAAGAAGCAGAAGCGGGCACACGACCAGGUGGACGAGGACAAAGAUGCCGAGGACGUGGACAGCAAAAGUGUCGCCUCGAGCGACUCAGCCAAAGACAGGGCUUUGCGACUGGAACCUGAAAAGAAGAGGCACAGAGACGAGGUCGCAACCGACGCUGCAGACUCGUCCGCUUCGUCGACCGUCAAUGCUGAUAUCAAGCAGACGGGCAUCGCUACAACCGAUGUCACGUCGGCGACAUCAGAAGGCUCUGGAAAGAGAGAGAAGGAGACUUCGGCAGCGGCGUUUGCGACUUCCGGCUUUGCUAAGCUGGCAGCCUCGAAUGCCUCGCCGUUUGGUUCUUUAGGACACUCCACCAAAAGCAGCGUAUUUGGCGGAUCGACCUCCUCAGCCUCGCCUUUCGGCGCCUUGUCUCCAUCCAAGCCCGCCGCAGCUCCUGUCGCAGUGCCCACUCUGAGCUUCGGGGGCGCCGGUGCUGCGUCGUCACCUUUCGCAAGCGUAAAGCCCGCUGGCGCGAACGGAUUUGGCUCGACGUUCGGAAGCGGGUUCGGUAGCGCGCUGUCAGGCAAGCCCCUGACGAGCUUUGCCAAGGUGGGGGAGUCUUCCUUCAAGACCGAGAAGCCCGCGAAGCCUUUCGGUGCACCAGAGAGCGAUGCCGAGGACGGAAGCGACGAGGAACCCGAUGCCGAAGAAGAAGCUGCUUCGGAGGCUGGCGACAAGGAGGAGAAGGAAGACUCGGAUAAGGAAGACUCCAAGGCUGGCGACGAUAAGAAGCGGACUAAACUACAGAAAAUUGCUGUCGACGAUGGCGAGACGGGUGAGGUCACGAUAACCCAAGUCAGAGCCAAGAUGUUUUACCUGGAGAAGGAAGUCGGCUGGAAGGAGCGCGGUUCCGGCAUGCUGAAGAUCAACGUCCCUGACGCGUGCGUUUCAUUUGACGAUGCUGGCGUCCCGAUACCCGGUUCUUUUGAUAUGUCAGGUCUCGAAGAGAGCAGUAAUGACCCCGAGGCUGGUGGCAUCAAGAGCCAUAAGGUGGCUCGUCUCAUCAUGAGGCAGGAUCAAACACACAGAAUACUCUUGAACACGGUCAUCUUGCCGGCUAUGAAGUUCCAGGAGAAGACUAGUCUCAAGUCUGUCGGCGUCAUGUUCACCGCAUUUGAGGGCGAAGAUGCCAAGCCCGUGAGCGUGCAUAUGAGGAUGAGCGCCGCCAGCGCCAGGACAUUCCUUAACGAGGUCGGCGUGGUACAACGAGAGCUUUCGAGCAACUAG